CCGCCGCGGAUCCCGGCACGCCCCGCGCGGCGGAGAGGCGGGGUCCGCCGUGGCGGUGCGGGGAGGCGAGGCGGCUGCUGCGCGCAUGCGUGGGGGCCUCGCCCCUCUCGCCCCCUCCCCCGCCUCGCGCUGUGCGCCGGCGCAGUGCGGCGCGACUCGUGCGAGGGGAAGGGCGAGUCGCGGCUGUCGGAGCAAGGGGGGCAUCCGCGGCGCUCCGCGCCUCCUCCGCCGCCAUGGCGGGCGCGGCACCGGCACCCGCACCCGCACCCGUCCCGGCGUCUGAGAAAGUGGAGACCUCGGCGGCAUCGGUCGAGCGACCGUCACUUUCGACGGCCGCGCUGGCGAAGAUGGAACGGAACCGGCAACGAGCGCUGGCACUGCGGCAGGCGCGGCUGGCGGCUCGGCCCUAUCCUGCCGCAGGCGGCCAGCGGGUGAGGGCCCCCGCCAAGGUCGUGGAUACGGGAGGGGGCUUCUUCCUGGAGGAGGAGGAGGAGGAGGAGCUGGAGGAAGGGCCCGGCGGCGGCGCCGGGAAAAUCGUGCAUCCCCCCGCACCUGUGCUAGAAUUUGACUAUCUCAUCUGUGGAGACUGUGGCAAAGACUUCAUGGAUUCGUACCUUAUGCAGCACUUUGAUUGGGCAACAUGUGAUAACUGCAGAGACACUGAAGAUAAGCAUAAGCUUAUAACAAGGACGGAAGCAAAAGAAGAGUAUCUUCUUAAAGACUGUGAUUUGGAUAAGAGGGAACCAGUGCUCAGAUUCAUUGUGAAGAAAAACCCUCAUAAUUCACGUUGGGGUGACAUGAAACUUUAUUUAAAACCACAGGUAAUCAAGCGUUCCCUUGAAGUCUGGGGUAGUGAAGAAUCAUUGCAAGAAGCAAAGGAACUGCGCCGUGAUAACAGAGAGAAGAUGAAACAGAAGAAGUUUGAUAAGAAAGUUAAAGAACUCCGCCGUGCUGUGAGGAGUAGUCUCUGGAAGAAAAAAACCAGUAUCCACGAACAUGAGUAUGGACCAGAAGAAAACAUUGACGAAUCUACCUAUAAAAAGACAUGUACUGUAUGUGGCCAUGAAUUAACUUAUGAGAAGAUGUAGUGAUAACCAUUCCCCCCCCACACCCUUUAAUUAUCUUUUUAAUGUUAUUUUGUAUCGAAGUCAAAUAAAUGCUAAUUAUGAACAAGCUGUUGCCGAAUUCUC